AUGUGGAUACUCAUCCAGAAUCGUGCUCUAAAAAAUGAAGCACGAAGACGCCUGGAAGGCAUCAAAGGCAUCGAACAAGGAAGCGAUUCCACGCCCAAUACCAACGCUUCAGAGAAAGACCUCUACAGCCAAAUACCAGGAAUUACAACCAAGCUCUAUGACGACAGCACGAAGAAUUACGUCGUUUCCUGGUAUUCCGGGACCGACCCUCAGAACCCUCACAAUUGGUCUAGAUUUCAUCGUCUGAAGACUACAUUCCUCCUGAUCCUCAUCGCUUUCGUCGUCACAGCUGGCUCCAGUAUCGACUCUGCCGUUCAAGAGGCUGCAGCCACGGACCUUGGCGUCGCACCCGUGACAGAGGCAUUAGGCGGAACGGGCAUCUUCUUGAUCGGCUUCGGAAUUGGCGCAUUGAUUGCGAGCCCUCUAUCCGAACUAUUUGGACGGUAUCUCGUCUACGUCGGUGCCCUAGCGAUAUUUGCGAUCUGGACGAUGGCGUCUGCUUUGGCUCCAAAUAUUGGUGCACAGAUUGCGUUCAGGUUCCUGGCUGGUCUGUCGGGGUCUGCGCCUUUGACCGUGGCAGGUGGGAGUCUGAGUGACAUCUGGAACACCAAGGAGAAGACGUGGGCAUUUCCGAUGUUUGCAAUUGUUGGGUUUGGCGGUCCAAUUCUGGGUCCCGUCAUAGCCUCGUACAUUCCCGUGACUGGUGUCUUGUCAUGGCGAUGGGCAGACUGGGUCAUUUUGAUCGCAACUGGGCUUGUCUUGGUCUUGGUUCUGGCACUGAAAGAAGAGACCUUAGCACCACGAAUCCUGAUGCGUAAGGCGCAAUACUUCCGUCAACUUACUGGAGAUGAGCGGUUCAGGGCACACAGCGAGCUCGGUGGCGAAACUCUCCUUCAAGUGCUAAAGAAGAACUUCAGUCGUCCAUUCGUCCUGGCCCUGGAGCCUAUUGUCCUGACCUGUACCCUCUAUCUGACGAUCAUUUACAUUGUUCUGUUCACGUUCUUGGACGGUUACGCAUACAUAUUUGAGAGGACCUACGGCAUCAACACUGGACUGAGCAACAUUAUCUUCGUCGGUCUCUUUAUCGGCGUGCUACUGCAGCUGAUCACAGUCCCCUUCAUCGUACGGAAGACUAACAAACAACUUGCACGAGACGGUGACCAAGGUCAAGGUAUGAAGCUGAAUCGCGAAUCACGCCUCCUUUUCGCCAUGUACAGCGCUCCCUUCAUACCGAUCGGCCUUUUUUGGAUGGCAUGGACAGAUUACCCUUCGAUAUCAAUUUGGAGUCCUGUUCUGGCGUCAGUCAUGAUUGGAGCCGGCAUUAUCUCAAUUUUCUUGAGUGCAUACAUGUACAUUAUCGAUGCAUACGAAGUCAAUGCAGCGAGUGCGCUGACAUUCGUCGCACUCGUCAGGUACCUAGCUGCUGGUGGAAUGACUGUCGUUGGAUUGCCGAUGUACGAGAACCUGGGUCCGCAUCAUACGCUGACGAUACUGGCCUGUAUCAGCGCUGCGGCGGUACCAAUCCCGUAUGCACUGUAUAAAUUAGGACCAAAGAUCCGAGCAAAGAGCAAGUAUGCUAUUGAACCAACAUGA